AUGGCGACCUUAUCGCACCUGGAUGCACACCGAGGUCUCUUCGCGCUGGGUGCGGCCGCCUGCAGGAAUCCUGGAGUUGUUCCGCGUGCCUCCGACACAGCACCUGCUUCUUGCCCAGCAAGGUUUCUGGUGGUAAAUGGCGUGCAGGUGAAGCAGAGGUGGUGCAGCACUUGCAGGGUUUAUAGACCUCUGCGCUCGAAGCAUUGCUCUUAUUGCGAUCGAUGCGUCUUUCGCUUCGAUCAUCAUUGUACGUGGUUAGGAAAUUGUGUGGGAUUGGGUAACUACAGAUCGUUCCUGCUCCUGGUCGUUACUGCGACGCUGUUCUUCGGGCACUCCUCCGUGAUCACGUUCAAGGUUGCGCGGCAGUGUCUUCGUGAGGCGAGUGAAGCGAGCGUUGCUCGGAGGCUGAUUGUUGCCAACGGAGGAAAGUUCUUAUAUGCGGCCUACGCCCUCGUGAUGUGCUUGGCGUUCAGCAUACUUCUGCUGUACCAUCUCAUCAUUAUGGCGUGCAACUUGACCACGAAUGAACAUGUUCGAGACUAUUACAUGGAGAGGAACCCGUUCGACAUCACCUGCAUUGAAAACUACCGGCAAGUGCUUUGCUUCCCGUAUGGGCGAAGCUAUCGAGUCGAUGCUGGGGCUGCUGUUGAUUCCACUCGUGAAGUUGAAUAA